UACAAUUAAGUUUAAUGUUCAGAAUGCGACAUGAGCAUUAUCUCCAGAAUAUAUAACAGAACGUAGGCUUUCCUAUUUGGGAAGUGUAGCCCCUCACUUUGCUGCUCCUUAUCAGCUCUCGAUAAGCGCGGGGUCAAUUCCGGCCUCCAAGCCAUGACGUUUUUGAUUCGAGAAAAUAGAGUAGGAAGUGGAACACAGGACAGGUCUGCUUAGUGAUGAACAUUUAUUCGCAGUACCCAUAAUGCAAUUGCGACCUGUAACACAUAUCCACCGCAUACCCCGUUGCCGGCAAGUCUCCCACUUAUGCCAAAUACCAAAUACAAAACUUGACUGAUAUUCAAAUAGACAGCUCUUCAUACCCCUCUGUCGCAACCCCGCUACCCGCAACUUCUCCAAGUCAACACUCACCAUGUCUCGAGCCGACGCCGAGAAACAUAUCCAGAGGAAUCCACACCCGGAUUUCAAGAGUGUGGAGGCAGAGCGACAGCCAUGGGACAAUUCACUUGCAUGGAAUGUCAAGCAGACCAUCAAUCCUGACUGGAAAUACGGCGAUGGUGCCAACGACGGAGGCGCAAGCCUGAAGAUCCCACAUGUGGAGAUUGAUCCCUACGAGAGCGGAAGACCAGCGGUAUUCAAUUACAAGCUCUUGAUCUCUGGAAUCAUUCCCAGACCAAUUGGAUUCAUCAGUACACGCUCGAAGGACGGAAGCAGUACCAAUCUUGCGCCAUUCAGCUACUUCUCUGUCAUUAACCAUGACCCACCACUCUUCACAAUUGGAUAUGCUGGUGGUUUUGACAAUGCGAAAGACUCGUUGAAGAAUCUGUCAGAGACGAAGGAGUGCGUUAUCAAUAUCAUCUCGGAGCACUUCAUCGAGGCGGCCAACGCUUGCAGUAUCAAUGCGCCAUAUGGAGACAGCGAGUGGGCGUUGAGUGGCUUGACUCCUGCACCGAGUUCGACUGUCAAGGCGAGCAGAGUCAAGGAAGCCAUUUUCUCGAUUGAGGGAAAGUUGGACUUCACCAAGGAGUACGAGAGUCGGGCUACGCCGGGAAAGAAGACUGGUGUUUUAGCAGUAAUUGAGGGGACGAGGUUUUGGGUUAGAGAGGAUGCGCUUAAUGACGAUAAGAAUCAGGUUAACCCUGCUGUUCUCAAGCCAGUCAGUCGACUAGGAGGUAUUACUUACGGAAGAACGACUGAGGGAGCAGAAAUUCCUAGACCGGACUUUGAGGAGACGGUUGUCAAGAACGAGGAAGCGAAGAAGCUCGUCAAGCCAAAGGUCAACGGGCAGUAGUACCAUCCAUAUGAGCCGGAAAAUAGAGUUUAUAGAUUUGGUCAUGCAUUAGAGGGAAGGCAACAUUAGAGUGGCAUCGAAUACCUUUCUAGAACA